AAACAGUCCACGGUUGAACCCGACAGGGAGAGUUUGUAUAAUUUUGAACAUCCGGGUGUAGACGAUUCGCAAAGGUGCAGAUUAGUUUUCUUUUGUAUCAGUGGUUUGUUUUUUGUUUGGCAUCCAGUAAUUCAUUAGGAAAUUGGUGAACAGUUUGGAACGGAAGAUUUUCCUUUUUCUAACCCUCGAUUUCGCUGACCGCAGUGUGUGAAAGGGGAAGAGGAAUAACGAGCAAAGUAUUUUUAAUCGAAGAGGCGUUGUCGCUUUAAGUGUGUGCGUUCUGCCGUGGCAAACUUUGUGUACGUCGUUUGCUUCUGUGCUCCAUUGUUUCUCGCUUUCUUCAAUUCGUUUGCCACGCACCUGUGUCUGAUAAUCUGCAGUGCGUGCGUGCGAGUGCUUGUAAUCAAUUGGUGCAACAAAAAUAAUUGUAUCAUCGACACGAGCCAGAAAAUAAGAGGAAAGAGGUAUCUUCGCUUCGAGACCUACCUAAAAACAUCCAACACCUCGAAACAGUUUAUCUCGUUUUACUUUUUUUAUCUCGCUAUCUCGUGUGUUCGUAUUACCACCGAAAAGUAACUCAAAAAAAUUACAAAUUCAACAUUUCUAAGGUGUCCUGCUCUUGCAUGUGUGGUGUACGGCAAUAAAGUAAUGUGGUGUUUUUCAUGCGUCUCUGCCCCAACUAAUUCAGAACCAAUGGCAGCCAUCCGCAAGAAGCUCGUGAUUGUCGGCGACGGUGCCUGUGGUAAGACCUGUCUGCUGAUCGUAUUCAGCAAGGAUCAAUUUCCGGAGGUAUACGUGCCAACAGUAUUCGAGAAUUAUGUGGCCGACAUCGAAGUUGACGGAAAGCAGGUAGAACUAGCGUUAUGGGAUACGGCCGGACAAGAAGAUUACGACAGGCUCAGGCCCCUGAGCUAUCCAGACACGGACGUCAUUCUGAUGUGCUUCUCGGUCGAUUCGCCAGAUUCGCUGGAAAAUAUACCAGAGAAAUGGACCCCUGAGGUCAAACACUUUUGUCCAAACGUACCCAUAAUUUUAGUUGGUAACAAGAAAGAUCUCAGAAAUGACCCUCACACGAUCAAGGAAUUGGCCAAAAUGAAGCAGGAACCAGUGAAGCCACAGGAAGGCCGCGCAAUGGCGGAGAAGAUAAACGCGUUCGCUUACUUGGAGUGUUCGGCCAAAUCGAAAGAGGGUGUACGCGAGGUGUUCGAAACCGCCACCAGGGCCGCGUUGCAAGUCAAAAAGAAGAAGAAGAGCAAAUGUGUACUGCUCUAAAAGAGCAACUACAGAUUGGUUACAACACACACACACACGCAUACACAAGAGAAAAAGGAAGAGAGGAAUAUAAACAGCAGAAAAUUGAAACAGUCGUCGUCGAGAGGUUAGGAACAGGCAAGGAUGAUGAUGAUGAAGGAAAAAUCCAAACGCAUUAGGAACAGGAAACAAUGUAGAUUUUGUUUUUUUUACGAGUUGCAUAAGUAAGAGAAAAAAGCUAAAUGUGCGCGCAGCAAUAUGCCGAAAUAUAAUAACAUCUACUUCCGUGAGAAAAGUAAAAAAAUACAACACAACAUAGACAGACACUCUCAUAUAUAGGGAGCAAACGCGAGCGAAAUAAUGCUACGUGCUGAGGUGAAAGGGUUGAAAAAGGAAAUUUUAUUUCAAUUUGUGUUGUGCAAAAAGUUGGAGAAAAUGUGAAAUUUUCACAGAAGCUGGAAAAUUGUUAGCGUAAUUAUUAUCGAUCAUUCGCAGUUGCAAUCUAUGAUCGGGUAUACAAAAAGUCGUAUCGAAUGCAAACAUACAGUAAGGCGGCGGACGUUCGGCAGGGCAGAUCAAACUACCGGGUUUUCUUUCCUCCUCAAUGUUUUUUUAUUACUUGUCGCGCGGGCAUCUGUUAGAUGUGGUUUUUAUUACUAAUUAAUAAUGGUAAAACUCCUAUUAUUAUACUUUAGAAUAUAUAUAAUGCAAAGAUUAUUUGGAAGGAAAAAAAAAAGUUGGAGCAAAAAAGUCUAUGAGAAGGCUAGAUUUUUAACGAAUACACACACACACAAACGAAACGGUGGUGAAAUAAAGUACUAACAACUUAUACGAAAUAA